UCUCCUUCCCCACCUCUUCUACCUCUCUCUGCCACCGUCAGCAAAACCCUUCCCCCUUCUACGCCUUAUCCUAACUCCUGAGACCCCUACCUUCUCAUCCUUCUGUACAGACUUCUCUGGCAAUGGCAGAAACAUGCCUGCUUUCUUUGCCAUCCCUGUUCUGCAGCAAAACCAACCAUCCCCAUUUUUCAGCAAUUCCUUCUAAACCCCAUAAGCUUCAGCUUUCGUGUUCCAACUCUACACUCCUUUUACCUUCUCUAUCUCUCAUCAGGAGAACUCAUUCUUCCUCUAUAUUGACAUUUGUGGCACAGACUUCUGAUUGGGCUCAGCAAGAAGCUGACAACACAGUUGCUGUUGGGGAUGACGAAGCCGCGUGGGAAAAUCAAGAGGUCGACAAUACUGAAGCUGGCCUUUCCGACUGGGAGGCUGAGGGUGGCGAGGGCGAAGGAGAGGGUGGUGAAGACGGGGUUUUUGAGGAAGGGGAAUACGUAGAACCGCCUGAAGAUGCCAAAAUCUAUGUCGGUAAUUUGCCUUACGAUGUUGAUAGCCAAAAAUUGGCUAUGCUUUUUGAGCAAGCUGGAACUGUUGAAAUUGCCGAGGUGAUUUAUAACAGGGAGACUGACCAAAGUCGUGGGUUCGGAUUUGUGACGAUGAGCACGGUUGAAGAAGCCGAGAAAGCUGUAGAAAAGUUCAAACGCUACGAUUUAGAUGGAAGACUGCUGACUGUUAAUAAGGCUGCUCCGAGAGGAUCACGACCUGAACGUCCACCUCGUGCCUUUGAACCUGCUUUCAGAAUCCACGUUGGCAACUUGCCGUGGGAUGUGGAUAAUGCUCGCCUGGAGCAAAUCUUCAGUGAACAGGGUACGGUUGUGAAUGCCCGGAUAGUUUAUGACAGAGAGACUGGCCGAUCACGUGGUUUUGGCUUCGUCACAAUGGCCAGUGGGACUGAAAUGAAUGAUGCUAUUGCGGCCCUCGAUGGUCAGAGUGUGGAUGGGAGAGCGAUCAGAGUGAGUGCUGCUGAGGAAAGGCCCAGGCGUGGCUCCUUUUGAAGGGUUUCGCUCAAGUAAUUCUCCACGGCAUCUGUUUUGAGUUCCUUCUUCUAGCUGAGGAUAUAGUGUUAAUUUUCUUUGCUCCUCCUUUGGUUGAGCACAUAGUCUGAGAUUUAGAUAUACAUACAUACAAGUUAUUAAUUCGAUGCCCAAAUGAGAAUGAUUCAAUUAUAAUUUCGCCCCA